CUUUGAGUCAGACAUCCGUCAUGACGGCUUCCGAGGUUGUAGUCCAGCAUAAUGUAGACCUUCAUCCAAUCCAUUUUGGUUCAAUACCAUCAUCAUGUCGUAUACUGACCUCUCCAAUUUCUCGGUACUCUAUUAUGCUCUUUGGCAGAAGCAAGACCACUCUGUUGUAAGGCAAGGAUUGAAGUGUAAUGUCAUAGAUGUGGAGGGUUAUGACAAGAUGCGCCCGUUCACCUUUGACGCUGUUGAUCUAUCUCGAUAUCCUAGUGCGAUGUUACCAAACGGAGCAACCUCCAUGCUCAUCCGCUCAGAAUAUGAGUUAUUCUUUAACAACGCCUCCAAUAUUGAACGGAAUUUCAUUGUUCAUGGAUCAGCAGGUAUAGGGAAGACAAAUUUCUUAGGAUACGUUCUCAUUAGGCGACUUCUCGCUCGCCAACCUGUGACCUAUCAGAGCAGAACAGCGAGUACUGUCCUUUAUUCCAACGCAAAGACGUGUGGCAUCUCAUCGACAGCACGCACGAAGACCCCAUAAUUCACGCGAACACCGCCCACACCCAGGCGCUGAUGUGGGGCACGUGCGGCAAGGCUAUUUUCACCACCUUCUGGCCCGAUAAGCUGGGAUUUAACAUUGAAUGGUCACCUGGAUAUGAAG